ACUGUAUAUAGCACAGUACAUCUGGGGCGUAAGUGAGUCAGUGUUAGCACAAGCAUAUAGAUAUGUCGUUCCAGCUCUUUGCCAACCCAGCAGCUAUAGCCAAAGCCCAGCCAACAGUCAUUUCUACUAUGCAAGAUGCGGGAGACAAUGGGGGGACAAACACAAUCACAAGAGAAACGCAGAGUGAAUCGGAAGCUGAAUCCGAUACAGACGCAUACGAUAUGAUUAAGCCUGGUAACCGAACCGCAAGCAAGCGUGAGACAAAACAUACAUCUGAAGGGGUUGCCGUGACGGUCAAGUCACGCAGUACACAGGAACGCGACAGUGACGAUGAUGAGGGUGAUACUGAGGGAGGCGAGGACGGAAUGAGGUCAGCUAGCACGUUCUCUGAACUUGGGUUGGGAGAGUGGAUUCAGGCUCAGACACAAGAGAUGGGCAUGCUUAGGCCAACCUAUAUUCAGACACAGUGCAUUCCUCCCACGUUAAAAGGCAAAAACGUCAUUGGUUUGGCCAAAACCGGUAGUGGUAAGACUGCAGCCUUUGCAUUGCCCAUACUGCAACACCUGUCAAAAGACCCUUACGGAGUGCAUUCGGUCGUCCUCACACCUACGCGCGAGCUAGCUUUUCAAAUUAGUGAACAGUUCACAGCGCUCGGACAUGCGUCGAACGUCAGAGCUGUGGUGGUUGUGGGUGGGCUGGAUAUGAUGAGGCAAGCCUUGGAGCUGGCAAGGAGACCACAUGUUGUCAUUGCCACACCGGGCCGUCUCGCGGAUCAUUUGCUGAGCAAUAGUGACAUCUCCAUCAAGAAAAUUAAAUUCCUGGUACUUGAUGAGGCUGAUAGGCUGCUCUCCGAGACGUUCAGGGCACACUUAGACAUCAUACUACGGUACACGCCACCCCCCACAAAGCGACAGACUCUGCUGUUCAGUGCGACCAUGCAUGAGAAUAUGGGAAAAGAUCAUCUAGAAUUUGUCGGCUGUUUCAAUCCUUUGCGAUUCGAGGCACAAUCAAGUGAGAGAACAAUAUCGACGCUGGAGCAGAAGUACGUUUUUGUGCCCAGUCAGGUGAAAGAUUGCUACCUUUUUGAAUUCCUCGAGAAAUACGAAGACACAACUGCCAUCAUCUUCGCGGCUACGUGUCUGGGCUGUGAAACCUUGGCUGUGAUGCUGCGUGAACUGGGCUACUCGUGUGUAAGUUUGCACUCCAAGAUGUCUCAGGGCCGUCGUUUGGCAUCACUGGGCAAGUUCCGUGGCUCUCUUGUCAAGAUUUUGGUCGCCACGGACGUUGCUUCAAGAGGACUGGAUAUACCCGAGGUCGAGAUUGUAUACAACUACGAUGUGCCAGCAAAUCCCGACGACUACAUCCACCGAGUGGGUAGAACCGCGCGUGCCGGCCGCGGCGGUUUGUCCAUCACCAUUAUCACACAGCACGAUAUCGAGAGGAUACAGCGGAUCGAAGAUCGUACCCAGAGGAAAAUGGAACUGGUGGAGACCGAGGAAGAUGAAGUAUUAAAACGACUAAAUAAUGUUACCAAAGCCAGGCGCGCCGCAAUUCUGGAACUGGAUGAUCGGGACUUCGGAGAGCGCGAGCGUAACAACAAAGAAAAAUCGAGGAAGCGGAAAGAAGCAGAUAUGAAUGCGACCCAGUCGAAUAAGAAGAAGCACGCGCAAAGUUAGCUUAAAAAUGUGAUAUAAAUACAAACAAUUCAGCCG